CGCUGGGGACCAGCAUUAUAGCAGCUCGGCCCAGGCUCCGGUGCACAGGGCAGUGAGCAGCGGGCAGGCCAAAGCACAGGCCCAGAAAUCGGAGAAGCAGGCACCAUGAGCAGCAAAUGCGACGUGGUCGUGGUGGGGGGCGGCAUUUCAGGAAUGGCAGCAGCCAAACUUCUGCAUGACUCUGGCUUGAACGUGGUGGUUCUGGAAGCCCGCGACCGAGUGGGAGGCAGAACUUACACUGUUAGGAACCACAAGGUUAAAUAUGUGGACCUUGGAGGAUCUUACGUUGGGCCAACCCAGAAUCGUAUAUUAAGACUGGCCAAAGAUCUAGGAUUGGAGACCUACAAAGUGAAUGAAGUUGAACGCCUGAUUCACCACGUAAAGGGAAAAUCAUACCCAUUCAGGGGCCCAUUUCCUCCUGUGUGGAAUCCUAUCGCCUACCUAGAUCAUAACAACCUCUGGAGAACAAUGGAUAUCAUGGGGGAAGAGAUCCCCAGUGAUGCUCCAUGGAAGGCACCCCUUGCAGAAGUAUGGGACCACAUGACAAUGGAGGAACUACUGAACAAGAUCUGCUGGACUGAAUCUGCAAAACAGUUAGCCACUCUUUUUGUGAACCUCUGUGUCACAGCGGAGACCCAUGAAGUCUCUGCUCUGUGGUUCCUGUGGUAUGUCAAGCAAUGUGGGGGCACAACCAGGAUCCUGUCAACAACCAAUGGAGGGCAGGAGAGGAAAUUUGUGGGUGGAUCUGGUCAAGUAAGUGAGCGAAUAAUGGACCUCCUUGGGGACCGAGUGAAGCUAGAAAGACCAGUGAUCCGCAUUGACCAGACAGGAGAGAAAGUCAUUGUGGAGACUCUAAACCAUGAAGUGUAUGAGGCUAACUAUGUAAUUAGUGCUAUUCCUCCCAUUCUGGGCAUGAAGAUCCACUUCAAUCCUCCUCUGCCAAUGAUGAGAAAUCAGCUGAUCACUCGGGUGCCUUUGGGUUCUGUCAUCAAAUGCAUGGUUUAUUAUAAAGAUCCCUUCUGGAAGAAAAAAGAUUUCUGUGGAACCAUGGUCAUCGAAGGAGAGGAUGCACCAAUUGCCUACACCCUGGAUGAUACCAAACCUGAUGGAAGCUGUGCUGCUAUAAUGGGAUUUAUCCUUGCUCACAAAGCCCGAAAACUGGCCCGCUUAACCAAGGAAGAAAGGUUAAAGAAGCUUUGUGAGCUCUAUGCCAAAGUUCUAGGCUCAGAAGAAGCUCUGCAGCCAGUGCAUUAUGAGGAGAAGAACUGGUGUGAGGAACAGUAUUCUGGGGGCUGCUACACCACGUAUUUCCCACCUGGGAUCAUGACACAGUAUGGAAGGGUUCUGCGCCAGCCAGUGGGCAAGAUUUUCUUCGCGGGCACUGAGACUGCCACACACUGGAGUGGCUACAUGGAGGGAGCUGUGGAGGCUGGAGAGAGGGCUGCUCGAGAGAUCUUGCAUGCCAUGGGAAAGAUUCCAGAAGAUGAAAUCUGGCAGCUAGAACCAGAGUCUGUGGAUGUCCCUGCACUGCCUAUCACCACUACCUUCCUGGAGAGACAUUUGCCUUCUGUGCCAGGCCUGCUAAGGCUGAUCGGAUUCUCCACCAUUUUUUCAGCAGCAGCUCUGGGCUUCCUGGUCUACAAAAAGGGGCUGCUUCUGCGCAUCUAAGGAGACCCAUGUGAAACCAUAACCUUCUUGUACUCUACUUGGGAUUUGGGCCUGGGAAAAGGAUUACAAUAAAAUUCAUUGAAGUCAUAAAGCAUGCAGAGUAAAGUCGGGGAAUCAUGGGGAUAGGUCAGAACACAAGAGAUACAGUAUCUCCUUCUUCAUGCUGGUACCUGGUUAGCAUCCCUUACCUGCCUUGCCAUUCCCAAGUUCACUGCCCUCAGAAUCUUGUCCCCUCCUUGCUGCACACAUGACUUUUUUCACAUGUCUGUGGCCUUGUGCUUGUCCUUUACUCCUACAUACAAUAUCUUCACCUCCCUGAUUUUGCUACACUUGACUGUAGAGCUUUGUAUUGUUAUAGCCAGAAGACCUUAGACAUCAUCUAGAUCUCACCUUUUAUUUUUAUAUUUUUUGGUUGGUAGUGAGGCUUGAAAUCAGGGACUAGGUGCUG